CGCUCCUACACUGGAGCCGGUCCGCUCAGUCAGGUACGACCAACCCGGUUCCGAUCAGACAGAUCAGAUUUGACCCUCCUACACUGCAGCCGGUAUUUCAACCCGACAGAGGCAGAGAGAUGAGAAACUCAGUACUCUGUCAGCUCUCAAGAAGUGCGGAUCGUGGCUUUAACACUUUGAAGUUUGUUUAAGUUUUGUUGUUGAUUAUUGUUUGAAUUUUACAAUGGACGAGGAUUUAGCGGAUUUUUUGUUGUUAGACAGGAAUUUAUUAUUAAAUUCAAACACGAGACAGUUUUGGGUACAUGAGUUUAAUGAAGAUCACACCCAAAGUGAGUUUUAUGUGACCUGUUUACCCUUACGUGAUCAUGCUGACAAAUUCAAGAAAUACUAUCGAAUGACUGUUGAAACAUAUGACUACAUACUGUCCCACAUCAAGGGAGAUUUACAGAAAUGGUCCAACUUUAGAACUUGUAUAGAACCUGCCGAAAAGCUAUCGAUUCUCUUGAGGUAUCUAUCAACAGGCAUGUCCUUUGAAGCAUUGAGCGAAACAUUUCGCAUGAGCAACUACACCGUCGGAAAAAUAGUCGAGGAAGUUUGUGAUUGCAUGUGGGAACAGCUUGCCCCAGUCCACUUACCAGUGCCUAAUAAACAAAGAUUUCUUGAAAUUGCAGCAGAAUUUAAGGAGAAAUGGAACUUUCCCAACUGUGUAGGUUGUAUAGACGGAAAACACGUGAGAAUAAAAUCUCCUGGGAAAAGCGGUACAAUGUUUUUGAACUAUAAGAAAUUUUUUUCAGUUAACCUUCAUGCAGUAGCCGACGCCAAGUGUAAAUUCAUAUUCAUAGAUGUUGGAGCGUACGGAAAGCAAAGCGACGGGGGAGUUUUCGAAGCAUCACCAAUAUCCAAGUUUUUUGAAAAUUUCUCAGAACAUUUGCCUGCUCCCUCACCGAUAGAUACCAGCAGUGAAACACUCAUUCCAUAUGUUCUGGUAGGCGACGAUGCCUAUCCAUUAAAAUCAUACAUAAUGAAGCCAUUCGGCCAACGAAAUUUGAGUGAAGAAGAGCGCAUAUUUAAUUAUCGAUUGUCAAGGUGCAGACGUUGUGUCGAGUGUGCAUUUGGCAUUUUAACUUCAAAAUGGAAAUUGCUCAGCAAACCCAUCGAAACAGAAGUAGGAAAGGCUGAGAAAAUCAUCAAAUGUAUGUGUCUUCUACAAAACAUCAUUAUUGACAGAGAUAAUAUUACCGUCAAUCCAGGAGUUCUAGAAAAAGGUCUACAGGAAUACGUACAACAUCACCAAAGGCCUAAUCUAGGUACUACUCGACGGUAUAAUAGAGCAACUACCGCUGCGAAGGAUGUCAGAAAUUUUUACAAAGAGUACUUCAAUGGCCUAGGAAGUGUUCCGUGGCAAGAUGAGAUGGUCUUCAAUGUUAACAAGUAAACAUUAGUAGGCUUACUGAAAAAAAAGUUUAAAAAAUAAUUAUGUUUGACAAACAUUUGCUUCCAAGAACUGUUUUACCAUUAUUACAUAUUUUUAGAUAUUGAUUUGUAGUUUUUUUAUACAUAUUUAAAUCGAUUAUAACAAUUAAAUUCAAUGUUGUAUUACAAUGUUUCCUUUAUUUAUUUUGAUCAUUCUGACAUUACUCCAUCAACAUAUACUGCAGUGGUAUAUACACCAUCCAGGCCCACCUUCGUGGAUCCACAAAUCACGCUGGGCACCCCUACCCCCAUUUGUCCCUACAUACAAUGUACAGCACUGCUAAGGUAAGAUCUUUAUAAUAAUGCAAAUUUUUCUUGUUUGAAAUUUUAGAAAAUAUACCAAAAAUCCUAAUAGGUUUAAGAGAACGAAUUCCGGAAUUUUGUGAAGUUAACCAAAUAACUGCGUUACCUUGUUUUUAAGGUAUUUUAACUGAAAUGACAAGUUGUCUACAGGAUGUCACAAAAGAACUUGAUA